UAACCCGCAGAUCAGCAUAAAUCCGUAAUGCGACACGCACAAUUCAACAUCUCCCAAUCAAACAAGCCUAAACAAGCAUCCAGACCCACAAAUCACUGCUUUCCCCCCCCCCACCUCCCAUCCUCAGAAGAUGGAGGCCGAGUCAAUGAUGACAGCGGCAAAUCCGCAAAGUCCGGUAUAUCCGACAGCCAGCCCAAGAACCACGAGAGUAUAUCAAGCACGGUGCGAUACAUUUACAGCAGCGCCACACGAUCAAGAACAAGGAGACAUUAUUCACACAACCUGAAAAGAUGGCUGCUAAACUCGAAACCCGACCGCUGGGCAAGAACGGGCCCGAAGUGCCGCGCCUGGGCUUCGGCACGAUGGGGCUGAGUGCGUUCUACGGCCCGCCGAAACCCGACUCGGAGCGAUUAGCACUACUGGAUAAGGCGUAUGAGUUUGGAGAGACCUUCUGGGACUCAGCGGCCCUCUACAACGACAGCGAAACCCUCCUCGGCAAAUGGCUAUCCACAAACCAAGACAAACGCCCACACCUCUUCCUCGCCACAAAAUUCGGCGCCGAAUUCGAAGGCCCAAAAAUGAUAAUCGACAGCUCGCGCGCCCGCUGCCGGAUGUCCUGCGAGCGAAGCCUGCAGCGCCUAGGCGUCGACACCAUCGACCUGCUGUACGCGCACCGACUCGAUGCGAACAUCCCCGUCGAGGAGACAGUCCAAGAGAUGGCGGAUCUCCGCGCGGAAGGCAAGAUCCGCUACCUCGGGCUCAGCGAGGUGAGUGCCGCGACGCUGCGGCGCGCGUGCGCCGUGCACCCUAUCGCCGCUGUGCAGGUCGAGUACUCGCCCUUCUCACUCGAGAUCGAGUCGUCGCAGACGGAGCUGCUGCGCACAGCUAGGGAGCUGGGUGUGGCGGUUGUCGCGUACUCGCCGUUGUCGAGGGGCAUUCUUUCUGGCCGGGUUAAAUCCCGGCGUGAUUUCCCUGAGGGCGAUCUUAGGUUGUUGUUGCCCAGGUUUGCGGAGGGGAAUUUUGAGAGGAAUCUUGAGCUCGUCGAGAGGUUGAGGGCGUUCAGUGAGCGGAAGGAGUGUACCGUUAGCCAGUUGGUGUUGGCGUGGUUGCUCGCGCAGGGAGAUGAUAUUUUCCCGAUUCCGGGGACGACCCGACCUGAGGCGCUUGCCGAGAAUGUCGGGGCGUUGCAGGUGUGCUUGAGCGACGAUGAGGUCAAACAAAUCCGCACGUUGGUGGAUGAGGUCGAGGUUUCAGGUGGACGGUACGGAGAGGCGUCGUUGAAGUCGUGUUUUGUGGAUACUGUGCCUUUCAAGGGUUAAGCACCCUCAUACCCUUUAUGAAUCAGCAGCAUACCUACCCUAAACCACCUAUAAAGCGUCCCGGGGGAGAACCCCCGGACCCCCUUUCUUUUCAGCUUCCUGGCCUAGAUCCACGCUUAAACCAGUCCAAAAAAGAUACACUUCCUAGGCACUUCAAUCAUUAUACCAGGAACAUAAGCAUCCCACCUUUCUUCAGCUUCCCGCCCCACUACCGGAAGAUCACCAGACAACCCAGCCCAAGCGCAGAGUAAGUAACCCAGCAGCAAUCUGCAACAA